AUGCCCGUAAUCUUUGAGCCUCUGUUGCAGUCUCAGGCGUCAUCAAUUCAAAGCUCAAAUCGUCCAUUCGCUUCUCAGCAAGCAUGUAUCAACGAUCAAUCUCCUUCCCAAUCCGUUCCGCCUAUCCUCUUUAGGAUCUCUAAGUUCUGGGGAAUCGAUGAACAUACCAUAACGCUGACAGGCCUGUACAAGCUCACGACGUGUUGCUUUCUUCUCACAGUGAUUCUUCUUCCGUUUCUUCGCGGAGACCACAAUCACAAAGCUAUUGGUGUUAUCCAGUACCGACGGAUUAGUCUCGAUCUGCGCAGAGAAUAUCUACGGAUCGCCUUUGUAUUACAUUGGAAACCCUUUGUUGCAGUAAUGGAUCUCGAGAGCUUACGGAAGAGCAAGCGUUUCAGCGACACUGGAUUGGUAACGAAGACGGAGAACGGCAUCGUCGUGAGCUACAAGGUCGUGUGGAUGUUGACUCCAGAUGUGUCCUCUGAUAAACUCGAUUUCAUGAUUUACUCAUCUGAUUCAGGGAUCUGGGAGAAAACCCAGAAUGUGCGUUGUCUCCACUCCACGAACUGGGCAAGGCAAGACAAAUCGAUUGCUUUGAAUGGGAUUCUUCAUUGGCUCUCUGACGAUAAACUCUGUUUCGACGCGAGCUCUAUUGUAGCUUGUGAUUUCUAUGGAGAUGAUAACGAUGAUGGGUGUUGUAGUAGCAUACAUUUCCCUGGGAGCGAAGUCGAUGAGGUAACUCAGCAUGGUAGAGAUGAUGAGUUACGGCGUUUCAGGAGAAACUUCACGACCUCAGAAGGAUCUAUUGUGUAUUUCAACGAGUUUUAUGAGAACGACGAAGACGGCGAAACCCGGACGUUUCGUGUUUGGAGGCUUGUCAAGUACACAGAUGUUGUUCCUGACGCUUGGGAACUCUCCUGGGAAAUCAACUUGGAGUCGUCUUUGAUCGGCGAGUUAGGUUCCGAUUAUUUCCCUGUGGUGAUGCAUCCUUUGAACUCCGAGAUCAUCUACUUGUGGAGCAGGAACCAGAAAGGCCUUGUCUUGUUUAACUUGAGGACGCAUGUGUUUACUCUUCGCAAGGAAACCGAAGAAGAAGAUGGCAAGUGUUGUAUGGAUGGUUGCAUCUUGAGUUUUAAUGGGUGCAGUGAGUACAUGGAGGAUAUUCGUAGAUACUAUCUCCCAUGGUAUCAAGGUUGUCCUAAUGACCUCUUCUUCUCGCAGUAUGUUCUCCCUCGUUGGCUUCACCGUCUCCCUCGUCCUCGCCUACUUCUUCUGUGUAGUCGCCUGCAAAAUCGAUAAUUAUCUCUCUAAUCCAAGAAUUCCCUCAAGAAACCCUAAGAACGAAGAAUGGUUCUUCCAGAACUGGUAUUGGUGAGUGUCUUGGUGCGAUCUCCACUGAGGACCAUCGCAAGAUUCCGAUUGAUGAGCAGAAAAUGGAGAUCGCUCAUCGAUUCCGACUACUUCCGAGAUCAAUACAUCAUCUCCUCCAACUCAUCUUCUUCCGUCUCGUGGUCAAUCAUCCAAACGAGACCACACAAACUGUCGCUGGAGAUCGUUGGCCACCAUGGAUGCGAGACAUGGGGACUCGAUCGUUCUCCAGGAUCUUUCCCGAGUUUCUUCGCCGAGACGACGAUCACGAAGGUUCUGGUCUUAUCUUGCACCGAUGGAUUGGUAUUGGUUUACGCAGAGGACAUCGAUGGAUCACCUUUGUAUUACGUCGGGAACCCUUUGUUGCAGGAAUGGUCUCGUAUCCCUCUUCCUUUUCGAAACCUUGACUCCUUACGGAAGAGCAUCCGUUUCAACGACUCUGGUUUGGUUACGAAGAGGGAGAAAGGUGUCGUCGUGAGCUACAAGAUCGUAUGGAUGUUUACACCCGUUGAGUCCGCUAAUAACAUCGUUUUCUUGAUCUACUCAUCUGAUUCAGGGAAGUGGGUAACAACGAAGAAUGUGCCUUGUAUCCACUCCACAAUCUGGGCAGGACAACAGAAUUCGAUAGCUCUGAACGGGAUUCUUCACUGGAAUUCAACAGUCUCUGUUGUAGCUUACGAUUUCUAUGGAGGUGGUCAUGGUGAUAACGAUGAGUUUCGUAUCAUGCGUUUUCCAGAUGAAGAUGAUGAGAUGCGGACUUUCAUGGGAAACUUCACGACCUCUGAAGGCUCCAUUGUGUAUCUCAACGAGUUCUAUGAGAACGGAAACCGAACGUUACGGGUUUGGAGGAUGGUCAAGUACACAGAUGUUGGUCAUGAGGCGUGGGAGCUCUCCUGGGAGAUCAACAUGAUGCCUUUGAUCCAGUUCGGUAUAGAAUAUGUCCCUGUGGUGAUGCAUCCUUUGAACUCUGAGAUCAUAUACUUGUGGAGCAGGAGCAAGAAAGGUCUCGUCUUGUUUAACUUGAGGACACUUGUGUUUAGUCUUCACAAGGAGUACGAAUGUGAGAGAAAGUGCGUGGAUGGUUGCAUCUUGAGUUUUAACGGGUGCAGCGAGUACAUAGACAACAUCCGUAAAGGCGAUCUCUGCUUCUCGCAGUAUGUUCUCCCUCGUUGGUUUCACCGUCUCCCUCGUCCUCAGCCUACUUAGUUUGUAAUGAUGAUGAUGCUUGUGCUUCACGUAACUAGCAAUAUCAUCACACGAGAGAUGUAACUUUUUUUUGUUAAACCAAGCACAAAGCCACAAACCAUGAAGAACUUAAUUUGGUUCUUUGAUCUACGAAUGUUAACAAAUAGGUUAGAAUGAGUUUUUUUUUUCCUUGAAUUUUGUAGAUAUUUUCCACAUUGGUGUAAAGUUGACCUAUUUGCCACAUUAAGGUGACGUGUAGUCCAACCCAAAAAAAAAGGAAAAAACUG